AACUCAAACCUGUUCGCAACAGCUUGCAGCAACACAACACUGAAUUAAAAGCCCUAAAUACACAUUUAGAAGCGUUUUAACUCUGUCUUAAAGUUGCUGCGCGUUUCUUCGACCUUAAUGCUGAAUAUGUUUCAAACAGAGAUCAGUGUGUGGUUAAAAAGUGCUCAUUAAAUCUUACUGAUCCAUCUGAAACUACGAACAACUGGAGCUCACCUUAAACUACAGACAUACAAGUGAAAUUAGCGAUGGAAUUCUUCAUUCUGAGAUCCUUCCGGGCCCUUGUUUUUCCUUUGUUUGUUGCUAUUUCAUCUCUACCUGGCACGACAGGAGCACCACGGGGUUGCGACACUGAAUUGAACUCAAUCUACUAUUACCUAUGUGACCUUGAUUCGGCCUGGGGCAUCGUGGUGGAAGCCCUCGCAGUUGCUGGAGUGUUGACGAGCUUCAUACUACUUGUGGUUCUCCUCGCCAGCCUGCCAUUCAUGCCGGAUAAAAGGAGGCGCAGGUCAUUGCCGCUCGACAUUAUCUUCGUCUUGGCCACACUGGGACUCUUUGGCUUGACGUUUGCCUUCAUCGUACGACCGAACUUUGCCACAUGCUCCUCACGACGCUUCCUGUUUGGUGUUCUUUUUGCAGCCUGCUUUUCUUGCUUGCUAAUGAAGGCGGUAAAAUUGAAUUGUCUGAGUAGGCGCAACACAGCACCCCGAGCCUGGACACUAUGCCUCGGAGCCCUGGCAUUUUGGUCGGUGGAGGUUAUCAUUAAUAUAGAAUGGAUGAUCAUCACAAUGGUUCGCUACCCCAUUAAUGAUACUGGUAUGCUGAUGCCAUGCAACAUUGCAAACAUGGAUUUUGCCAUGGCUCUCAUCUAUGUCAUGGUUCUGAUGGCAGCUGUGUUAAUGGCAUCUAUAACAGUUCUAGGGGGCAAACACAGGCGCUGGUACAAGGAUGGUCUUUUCAUUCUGUUCACUACACUGUUGUCCAUAGGCAUUUGGGUGGCCUGGAUUGUCAUGUACAACUACGGCAAUGCCAAGCAUGGCCGGCCCAUCACAUGGGAUGACCCUACGCUGGCCAUUACACUAGUGGCCAAUGCCUGGGUCUUCCUGCUGUUCUACAUGGUGCCUGAGAUAUGCCAUCUGAGUGAUGAUGGCGAUGAAGGGUCAGGCCUAAUCCAGGACAUCUAUGCUAACCACGGGGUGGGCUACGAGACUGUCCUGAAAGAGCAGAGACCACAGAAUAUUGCAAUGGAUAAUAAAGCCUUCUCUAUGGAUGAACCCAAUACAGGUCAUACACUUGUAUCUCCGUACAGUGGCUACAACGGGCAGGUCCGCAGCUCUGUGUACCAGCCCACAGAGCUCGCUCUCAUCACUAAAGGAACAGGAAAUACAUCGAUGGACUUGCAAUACGAUACUUCGAUUCCACGAGCCUCCCUCGGCAUUCCACAUGCACAGAGUCCCAGUACAAUCGCCACAUCGUCUGUACAGUCAGACAACGGACCGAAACACACUUCCAAUGGAAAUGGCUUACACUGGAAAACACAGUGGUAAUUCCAGCAGAGACCCCACCCCCCUUCUGGAUGACUGAAAUCUUUUUUCUCAAUGUAUUUCAUCAAGUUUCCACCUUGACCAUGACGCUUUUUUUUAGGCCAAAGAGACUUAAAGCUUCGUCUUGAAGUGACUUUUAAACAGACAGUGUAUGGGUGAUCAGCCCACAGUGACACUGAAAUGGAAAAUCAGCACUGGAGAUCAGACAUGAUUUAACCGUAUAGUUGAACAGUGAAUGUGGACGAUGUUCACGUAUUACUUAAUGGAUGUGUCAGCUACAGUAAUAUUAUGCUUAUCUUUACAGAAAGAAGAAAGGAUGGAUAAAAGGCCUGUUGCUGGAUUUCUAUUAUAUUACUUGACUGCCUUAUAAAUAUUUAUGUAGAGUGAGAGUGCUGGUUUGCACACACUACUCUUAAGUUAACUAGCUCACGACAUCACUUCUUUACAGUAUCUUUCACUUGAUUACCAUAUUGCCUAUAGUGCCUAUUUAAGUAAUUCAAUUCCUUUCAUUUAGUUUAUGUAAUUCUUUCUUUUUACAUUAAAUGUGUUCAGUAUUGCAACACAUUCCUCACAAUUACUUUCCCAAUGUAAUGUCUUGUACUAUGUAAUCAUUUCACCAAUGAACUGGACUGACAAAUUAUAUAUGUAUAUACACAAUAAAAAUAUUUCAAUUUA